GCGCGCAUGAGCAGUUAAGCUCUUGUUCCCUGCGCGUGCCCAGCAUGCCCAGUGCAGGGCAACGGAAGCCUGGGAGCUUGCUAGCCCUGCAGGCCUUGCAGAAGUGGUUGCUUAGAGGAGGAGUUGGCGCCAUGUUAGCCCGGCAGGUGGUGGCGGCGCUGCUGUUGUGGCUGAGCUGCUGUGUCUCAGCUCUGUGGAGGUACUACAUAAAUAGCCAAGACUAUUCCAUUUUUAGUACCAGGAGUUCUAUUAAAUUAGAGUAUGAAGGAAACUCAUUUGUAUCAUGGAAAAUACCAGAAAGCUGUAAAGUUGAAAACACUACAUCACCCAAGACAACACUACACUGCAAAAGGGCUGGAAUUCACACAAUAAAGCCAAUUGCUGGAAACCAAGAAGUGGAACGGCAUCUGACUGUGGAUAAUUCUUAUAUUUGCUACUUGUGGUAUUUCACAGUUGUAGACGUUUAUUACAACUUAAGCCAGAUUGUUACCAUAUGGGUGUAUGAUCCAGAAAGUGCCAGCACUGAAGAGCUGAUAUGGACCGCAAAGAAACCUUCACUGAGUUCCAGGGUACUAACCAAGCAGAUGAAUACCCUGGGACAGCGUCCUUUCAUAUUCACAGUUGAGAAGAGGCUCACGUACCACCCAGGUCCCUUAACUUCAGAAGGAACCUGGGUCAUUCACCUGCCAAUGUCUUCAGAUGAUAUAGCCAAAGUGAUACGAGGUAACAAAGUGGCUUUCCAGGACUGCUUCAUUGCAAAUCUCUACUUCAUGCUGACAUAUCCCAUGACCAUAAUUUCUGAACCUCCUGGAUAUGAGCCCCUCACCGUGCCACCUGGAAGUCCAUUGAUGCUUAGCUGGGAUACCUGUAUCUCUACAUUUGCUCUCUUGGCCACUGACCAGGAGACUUUCCAAACAAAUGAUUCCUUUCAAACCUGGACCAGAGUAAGAGCCCCUCCAGGUAUCCUGAGUGAUGCUCAAAGGCACAGUCUGAGGGACGUGAUCAUAUUUGACCAAGGAACUCUGUUUCUAGUAGACGGUACUGUUUACCUAAGAACAGAAGAUGAAUUUACAAAACUGGAUGAAAGCAGAGGUAUUUCUGAAACUGGAAUUCUUGGCUUUUCAAAAAGAAGAUGGUGUCAGAUUAGAUAUUUAUAUAAGUUGGCAUCAAAAAAAAGCAUACUAAUUGCUUGGUCAAAAACUACAGUGUAUGCUGGAUAUGCUACAUUUAGAUUUGUGACAUUAACAGAUACUGCAAAGCUAAAAGAUUUUCUCAAGCUUCCCCAGACUGACACGCUGGAAGUAAUGUCUGUUGAGUAUUUAUGGCACCCACUGGAGGCUGCAGUUCUUCUGUCCCACUGCUCUGUCUGUACCACCAACACCAGGAACAUCCGCAUAGUGAUAUAUAGUGCAAUAUUCCAAACGUGGACACUCCAGGACUUUGAACUACAACUGCCCAAGGAGGCCAUUUUAGAAUUUCGCUUUCUUUACUCUGCCAUGCCUGAUAUUAUCAUGUGGGACCAACACCACGUUUACUAUAGCUACAAGAAUUUCACUGUUGUUGGAACUAUAUCAACACCUUCAGGAGAGACCAAUCUGUCAUCGUUAUCACAGGGCAGCAAAAUCCACCAAGUCCUUACAGAUAGAAUUGGAAAUGUUGUGGUAAAAAUGGAAAAUAAUGUAAUGUUCUACAUCAAGGCUGACAUUACAGAGGCAGUUAUACUACAUACAUGGGUAAACACGACUGCAAAGACAGUGGUUUUGUUCGAUAAAUCUUUUGAAGUAUGUAUAUUAUACUAUAAUGAAAAUCUCGACGAGAAGUAUCAGUUGCAGACACAGCCAUAUCCCUUAAUUCUGGAGUUACAAAGUAUAAAUAAAGAUUUAGGAGACUGGUGCCCAUAUCUGGCAUUUCAGCACAAUAUUCAUAGUCAGUUUUACCAUAUGGAUAAAGGAGAAAGCCUGACAAUUUGGAGUCAAAUAGUCUACCCAGAAAAUCGGGGUCUCUACAUUGUUGUGGAGCACUAUGGCUCAAGUGUAAUGACCUGGACACAAAACCUUGAGUAUGAGAUUGCAUCAGGAUUCUGUACUAAAACUAUGAUAACAAGAUUUUUUCAGACAACAAAUUACGAAUUAGUGGAUAAUUAUUAUCAGUUACAAAAAGAGAACACAGGUCUCAUGCUUCUUCAGUUCCGACCUAGUGAAUUUUCAAGAACGUGUCUAACAGCCAAACCAGUGUUUGAAAUCGAUGUUGGCUGCGAUUCAAGUAAAUACAUUAUGGUUCGAGGAUUCAAUAAGAGCAGAUGUCAACGUCGCGAUUUCUCUUAUGUGAUCGACAAGGAACUUCUGAGAGAAAGCCUAUCUGACAAUUUGAAAGUAAGGUACGACGUGGCAAAAUAUGGCUGCCCUCUCACCCUUGAAUUGGGACAAAUGUUUCAACCUAUAGUAGAAUUGUAUGAUGAAAAUGGAUUUAUUAAAAUAGUUGACGCAAAUUUUAUCUUGUGGGAAAUCCAUGGCAGGAACGACUACACCUUUAAUUCUACUAUGGAGCAGAAUGGUUGUAUAAAUGAAGCACAGACGUGGGACUCGAUGAUAGAGGAAAACCCAGACAUCCCACUGGAUGAUGUCUGGGGGCCUCAGAACUAUAGGCCUUGUUUUUCUUAUGCUAUUGGGAAGCCAGGAGACCUAGGCCAACCAUAUGAGAUUCUAAACUAUUCUAAUAAAAACCACAUAAAAUGGCCCAUGACGUAUGCUGGAAUGUAUGUGUAUCGCUUGAAGAUCUUGGAUCCAAACUAUAGCAAUCAGCAAACAUGCUAUAAAAGCAGGACAUCUCAUGUCACCUAGUAAUUGGAUCACUCACUCAGUUUGAAAUUCCAUUCUGGUAUUUUGUCCCCUUGACAUACAUAUUGGCUACUUUGCCUAUUGACAUGACCAAACAUCUGACAAGAAGAACAUAAUGGGUAUGGGAUGGAUUGUGGUUCCAAGUCUUGAGAGUAAAAUCUACCGUGGUAGAAAAAGCAUAAUGAAGGCUAGGGGAGAACUGCAGUCAGAAGCACAGAGCAAUGGCGGUCAGGCUCAAUUCUUUCCCAGCCACAAACUGCAGUCUGUGCAACUGUGUGAGCCAUGUGGGUGGGUUUGAUGUGGGUCUUCCUCAGUCAGGCACUUCUAGAAACAGCCUCCCAGAUAGUCCCAGAAGGUUUAUUUCCAUGGUGACUCAAAAUCAAGUCAGCCUAACAAUGAAGACCAAGCAUCACACCUAUCAUGUGUUGGGCCCUGGGUUCCCUCCUAGCUCUAUAAGACAACAAAGGAAAUAAAAGCCCAUGAGCCCAUGUGCAUGGCCCUGGGAAAGACAGAUUCAUAAAAUACAGUGUGGACUAGAUCAAUUAGUAAUGAUUAUAUUGGAGGAUUGAGUAAUAGUCUAGUAAUGUGACAUUAUUUUUUGAGCUUUGAGUUCUUCCCUCUAUUACCUGGCAAACAAAUAUUACCUGCCUGCCACCCUCCUCCUUCCAGAAGAUGUGACUUUUGGUAUGCUAAAAGGCUCACUGAUGACUUAGGUAGUUUUGGGAUACAGACUGAUGAAUGGAAAGACCAAAGCAAAACUAAGAGAUUUAUGAUUUUCCUAUGCCUGUAAGCCUCCAGUGUAUUUAUUUCCAAGGAGGCUGAAAGUUCUUAAGAAGGGCAACAGAGAGGAUUUCCUUCCAAAGGAGUUCUGAGAGCUGCACAUCUCCCAGCCCUGCUCACAGGGAAGAGAAUGCUUCCUCGAAAGCAAGGAGAAGCCUUAAGGAAAGGAACCUCUCCUGUUCAUAGGUGAUGGGCAGCUUAACUGAUGCACAGCAAUGCAUGAUGUAAUGUCAGAGCACAAAGGGACUCUUGCCAAUGUAAGGAGACAAUCCAGACCAUUCUGAUGGAAGUACAAGCCAGUCAUCCCAGCUACUCUGAGGGCCCAAGUCCACUAGAUCUCAUGAUCCCAGGAGUUCAAGAACAGUCUGGAAGAGAUUCUCAAAAAUAACAAACUAUAAGGAAAUCAGGCUUCAAGAGUGAAAUAAUCCCAGAGAAAUGGAUAUGUGUAAAAGCCACAAGGGAUCCAGGCCAUGAGAAAUGACUGAUAGCUGAUCAAGCAGACAAAGUAGCCUUCAUCCUGGAAGGUGCUGGGGGACCAGCAAUGAGAUGACAUGUCUACGACAGUCCAUGUAAUGGGUGCUGACAGCUAAUAUUUGGACAAUCAGUACAUAGGAUUCUCAACUAUUAAAAUGGCCGUGUAAAUUUUUUUAACAUAUUUUUUACUCAUUGUUAGUAAUUUCAUACAUGUUGUAUUAGUUGGGGUUCUGUUGAGUCACUUAACGUAUGGGUAGUCUCUAUAUAGUAAGCCAAUAUGUUGAUGGCUUAUAGUCUGUAUAGUCCAAUUCCCCCACAAUGGUCAGCAGCAGCAGCAGCAGCAGCUGUGAAUGGAAGGCCAAGGAUCUAGCAGUUGUUCAGUCUCACAAGGCAAGCAGGCAGAGAAGAGAGCAAAUCUUUCUUCUUCCAAUGUCCUUAUAUAGGUCUCCAGCAGAAGGUGUGGCCCUGAUUACAGGUCUGUGCCACCAUGCCUGUAUCUGGGACUUGCUUUGUCCCAGAUGACCUUGAACUCAGAGAUCUCCCUGUCUUAGUUUUCUGGGAUUCAUAGCCACUCAACCUCAAGAUCUCAAUGCCAAGAUCCAGGUCAGAAACUUAUAUCUCCCAGCCUCCAGAUUAGGAUCACAGGUGAGCCUUCAAAUUCUGGACUGUAGUUCCUUCCACAUAUAGUCAAGGUCGCAACCACAAAUAGCCACUACACAUGCAUACAAUGGAUUUUGAUCAUAAUCAUCCUAAUUCCUUCCAGACCCAAGCCCCGCUUCCUCCUCUAACCCUGCUCCACAGUCAUGUCUUUGUUUUCUUUUCCUUAGCUGGCCCACUGAAUCCAGUUUGUGCUACCUGCAUACUCAUGGAUGUGGGUCAAUUUACCCCACUGUAGUUAACCAACUGGAGCCAUACCAUUAAAGGAAACUGGCUCUCCUUCCCUCAGAAGCCAUGAACUGUUCAUAGAUCUUCUCUUCUCCCCAUAAUGAAAUGUUGAUUGGCUUGAUCUUGUACAGACCUUAUGCAGGCAACCAUAGCAGCCGUGAGUUCGUAUGUGUAGCGUGCCUGUUACAUCGACAGUACUUCCUGUGCUUUGACUCUUUCCCUCCUCAACAGUCUCUGGAUUUGGUGGAAAGGAAUAUGAUAUAGAUGUCUUAUUUGUGGCUGAUCACCCCACAGACAGUUAUUUUCUGCAUUGUGACAAUAAGUUUCUUUAUUAACUGUCAUACACUGCACAAACAUCUGUGUUCAGGUCUGAGUGCUGCACUAAUCUAUGGGUAUAGAUAUACAACUUAGAAGGCAUUCAGUACUAUGUAUGUUCAGCAAGAUAAUAGUCAUAAGUUCACAUCUGGGACAGAUAUGUUUCCUUACCAGAGGUUCUUGGCCAGAUUUACAGUACCAGACAGCAUUUCUUCUUGUGACAUGGGCCUAAAAGUACAAUGGGACAACUAGUGGGAGGCAGGGUAGGGGAGGUCUUAAUGACGCUGGGAUAAUAGAACCCAGGUGAGAGAAAGGGGGAAAGGAGAAGGAGUUUUAAAUGUGGCAAGGGGCAGAAGGAUAAGGCAGAGGAGGCGGGGAAAACAAUAACUAACACUGACGAUUUUAAACUUCAUAAACACAUAGACAAAUUUCAUGUAUAUAUACGUAUAUGUUAUAUAUAAUAUAUAUAAUUAUUAAAAUUAUAUAAUCAUAUAAAAGUAUAUAAUUUAUAUAAUAUAUUGUUAUUAUAUAUAAAUAUAUGUUAAUGUUUAUAAACAUGUGUGAGUUUAGUUGGAGUUGCCCCUACUCAGGGUAUAAUGCUCCUUAAUGAAGCCAUAAGUUGCCCAAUAAAAAGCCCAGUGCUAGGUUUUGAAUACCUCUCCUUGAGCUGUAUGAUCAGGGACAACCUAGAGACCCCAAAUGAAUACAACCUAUUGUCAUUGAUUUUCUUUACCCAGAAGAACUGGAUAGUUAGACUCUAAAGCUGAAGACCCCACACACUUCGGCCACAGGACGCAGAGAAAUCAAAUUGAUAUUGACCAGGAAGCUUCCUCCCUAUUGAUUGACUUUCAUAUUACUGGAAGGUGCUAUACAGGCUGCUUGUGGCAAUGUCAGCAGCACUCUAAACCACUGUGAGCCUGAUAAGCUAUGCCCACAGGGGUACAAUGGUGGCAUGGGUGCUAUGGGGGUUAGCUAAUAAAAUUAUGAUCGCCUGUUCUUACAUGUUCUUACAUGUUCCACAACCCUGGAUAAGCCUGGAAAUAGGAAAUAAGAGAAUAAGUUUAGUGACAUAAAAGGAUUUAACAGACAGACAGACAGACAGACAGACAGACAGACUAGCAGACAGAGAUUAGAUGAGACAAGCUAUGACAGUGAGUGGGAAGAUGAUGGGGUUUGUAUCUAAGUUUAGUCCUAACUCCAGAGGAAAAAGAAAAUGACAGCAACCCUCAUGAGGUUAGCUGAGUGUUCACCAGAGAUAGGACUGUAAUAAAAACUUAGUCUGAAAUAGUCCCCAUCUGCUUAUGCCUCCCAAAUGCUCAGCAGAAACAAAUGAAUAACUGGACUGGAAGAAUUUACUUUAAAAGCACACACACACACACACACACACACACACACACACACACACACACACACACAAUAUCUGGAAGGAAACAUUCUAGCAAAUAAACCAGACAGGAAAAGAAGAAGCCAUAGACAAGGAACAAGGACCAAUAGAAAUAACUACCUAUACAAACAAACCUCUGAAGCUCCCACCCCCCUCCCCCAGUAUUAUGCAUGUAACAUAGAAGAUACAAAAUACAUAUGCUUGUAUCUAGGUCAGUGUUCUAUUGCUGUGAAGUGAGGUCACAGACCUCUUAGAAAGAAAAGCAUUUACUUGUGACUUGCUUACACUUUCUGAGGUUCAGUUCAUUAUCAUCACGAUGAGAAAUAUGGCGGCACAAGUGCAGACAUAGUGCUAGAGAAAUUGCUGAGAGUUGUCUAUCCAGAUAGCAGACAGCAGGAAGAGAGGCCCAGGCUUAGACUUCUGAAACCUCAAA